UCAAACACAGGUAUAAAAGCGAAUUACUGAAAAUCUUUGGUGUAAUACUUUCAAUUACAGUUUAUGUCUGGUAUAUGGGAAUCAUGCUUUAUGGACCAGCUGUAGCACUGCAGGCUGUGACAGGUUUUAAUAUGUGGUAUUCCAUAUGUAUUUUGGCAGUGUCGGCAAUUUUAUACACUGCAAUUGGUGGCUUGAGAGCUGUUAUCUGGACUGACGUGUUUCAAAGUUUUGUCAUGUACUUUUGUUUGCUUGUCGCCAUAAUUAAAGGUAUCAACGAAGUAGGCAACCUUAAAGAUGUUUGGGAAAUCUCAAGAGACAACCAAAGACUAGACUUGGACUUUCGCUUUGAUCCUUUCACCCGUCAUACCGUCUUCAACUUGAUGUUUGGAUACCUGCUUUAUGCAUUUGGAACUGUAUUUAACCAGUCAUCAUUUCAAAGAAUUACUGUUGCUAAAACACCGAGAACAGCUGCAUGGGUGCUGAUGCUGGCUGGUCCUUUUUAUGCUUUGACGACAGGGUUAGCUAUUUUUCAGGGCUUGCUAGCAUUUGCGUAUUUCAAGACAAAACGAUGUGAUCCGCUUGAAGCCGGGAUUAUUUCUAAUCCAAAUCAGAUCAUGCCUUAUUAUAUGUUAAUGCUUUUCCAAAACUGGAGAGGAAUGCCCGGAUUAUUCGUGGCAGCAUUAUUCAGUGCAUGUCUGAGUACUAUGUCGUCUGGUCUUAGUAGUCUUUCUACAAUCACAUGGGUAGAUAUUUUUAAACCGAUGUUAAAAUCAGCAUCUGAGACAAAAGCCACCUUCGUAUGCAAAGCUUCAGUGGUUAUCUACGGUUUGAUGUCGCUAGGAGUAGCAGCAUUGGUUUCUAAUAUUGGUGGAACUCUCACACAAAUUGGAGACAGUUUGGUUUCCUCCUUUUCAGGUCCUUUAACAGGAUUGAUCCUUUUUGGCAGUCUCUGUCCAUGGGCAAAUAAAAAGGGGGCGCUGGCUGGUACGCUCUGUGCCAUAGUCAUUACACUGUGGCUUGCGUUUGGAUCGAUAUUUUCAAGUACACUUCCUCCAACACCUUACCUACCUCCAGCACCAACUGAUCAAUGUCCUGUCACUAACAUAUCGAUACUUUUUAUGUCACACAAUGUUACAACAGCUGAAAUGGUGACAAACACCACAAAAUAUUCCAUCCAUGGUAUACAGAAGUUGUAUUCUUUAUCUUAUACUAUGAAUGCUCCUAUUGCAAUUCUGAUCGUGUUUGUGGUUGGCAUCAUUGUCAGUCUAAUUUUCUACAAACCGCAUGAAGUUAACCCCAAAUACAUUGUUCCUGUAUGUGAGAAAGUUUGCUGUUGUUUGCCAUCCUGUGCACAGAAGAAAUUUCGGAGUAGAGCCAUUUCAACAUUAAAGGAUGAGGAAGAAAACAUGGAGUUGGAUUCGAAGCUCGACAGAACGUAAUGAAUAAUGCUAUAUCACACAAGACAUACUAUCAUAGUUACAUGUUAUACACGAAGAAAUCUUGUCCUUAUGUUAUGGAACGGUUUUAAAAGUUUGUUGACACUUCAUCACCGCCAUCCGCAGAGAACAAUGUCGACAGACUUUAUUUUAGUUGGGCUAUUUAUACAUCUGUUCUCUUUCCGACGAAAAUGCAUAUACACACACCUUAUUUUUUUUGUAAAUAACGGUAAUAAUACGACUUUAUUUAAAUUGUUCUUGCUUACGAUAGUUUCUUUUAAACGGAGCGGGACGUUUAAAGUAAGGAACACACACAAGCUAACGUAGUGAAUAUUUUAGAAAUAGAUGUUAAAUGCUGUUUCCAACUGAAGAUCGCAAAACAUGUUUGUCAUGCAAAACGUGAAAUCAAUUGUAUUGAAAUAUUUAUUACUUAUCUAUGUAUUCAAAGCAGAGGUAAGCCUGUUUCUGAAAUGUUCAUUGCAUUGCACGUGUGUAUCUUUAUCAUAUUUUUUUGUGGUUUUUUGGAGCAACGGCUCUGAUUUUA